GUUUGAGCAGCUGAGGAGAAACUCCUUAACCUUUUAUCCGGUCGCAUGUAUUUUUAGACCUUGCAAUCGAUAAUAUCCUCGAGUAGUGGGUGUGCUCCGGAGUCUUUCACCAUUGACUUUGCCACGUCUUUCAGUCCGGAUCUUUCCCAGAAAUUCUGAUCCCUUGUCCUCGCCCAAUGUCCAGCCAGCGUUGGUCUUGGAGCUGCAUCUAUGACUUAUCGGCUCGACACAAUUGACUGUUGAACCAUCCCAGCACUGAUGCGUACAGUUGCUCGAUAAGUCCGCAACAAGCAUCCUCCUGUGCUACCACACCAAUUUUCACGCGUGUUGUCCUGAACGGAGCGUAGGUAGUCAACUUCUACGAUCGAUUCUACCAUCUUGCAUUCGAUUCCAAGAUGUUUUCUCAACGGCGCAUGAGACUCCUGGUCAUUGCCGUGCUGGUCAUCCUCGGCGUGACCUGGUACUACUCGAGCGAGUCGCGAAGCGUUCAGAACCAGCAAUUCUACCGCUCCACGGUGGCUGCUAUGGAUGCUCGAAAGCAGGCUCAGGAAGGCCAGGCCGCAGCAGCAGCCAACAUCCCCGCGCCGAACCGCAACCCCAUCAAGGAAGACACGAAGCAUCCCAUGACCGAUGAUAAGAUUGCGCCGGCAAUCCCCAAGGCCAACCCGGCGGCUGAGGUAGAGGAGAUCCCGAUCGCAGGGCGGACCAAGAUGACCGUAGCGAAGAAACCGGAGGAGCUGGAGGAGGAGAAGCAGCCACAGCCACAGCAACAACAACAGGAGUCGCAGCCGCAACAGGCACAGGCCGAGGACGCUGAGACGGAAGCGCAUGCGCAUGCAGUGGCCGAGUUGAAUGAGAUCCUGAAACGGGCGCCGAUUAUCAUCUUCUCUAAAUCCUACUGCCCGUACAGCGCCAGAGCCAAGGCUAUUCUCAAGGAGAAGUACACCAUCGUUCCUGCGCCGUACGUCGUGGAGUUGGAUCAACAUCCGCAUGGCCGACACUUGCAGGCUGUGUUGGCGGAGACUACGGGUCGCCGCACUGUCCCUAAUGUGCUGGUCAAUGGCAAGAGUAUCGGAGGUGGUGACGACGUGACGGCUCUCGAUGGGAGCGGCGAAUUGACAUCGACCUUGAAGGACUUGGGUGGCAAGUGGGUCCAGGAAGUCCACCGUAAGGAGUGAAAGUACUCCGUACUGCGCUAGAAUAUUGCGGACCUGGGAAGCCGUUUUUGUCGCUUCGACCAAAGCACAUGACUGACCCAUUUGCGAUGCGCAUGCACCGCAUGGAUGGGGUUUGAAUGUUCUACAAUCCGCACCGGACUACUGCUACCGGGCAAGUCCGUUCUAUUUCGACAAAUACGAGGUUUUAGUCCAAGAAAGAUAAGGACUUUAUGCAUCUUCUCUACGUAUAUAGUUGGAUAGAUUCGAUAAUUUAGCAUGAAAUAAUCAUAAUUCCAUGAGCG